AAAAAAAAGCUUAUGUAUAUACCACACUCACAAGCCGCCAGGCUAUUCAAAACAUUCGUCUCUGCAUAAUUCUCUCUCUCCCUCUCUCUCUAUCGAUCUAUCUAUCUAUCUAUAUAUAUAUAUAGAUUUGUAUCAAUUAUUUACAUAGUAUAGCUAGUAAUACUGGGGAGCUAUUAGAGCUUGACUUCAUGGAAAACUACCAAAUGUUGUUCCCAUGUUCAUCGUCGUCAAUGGCGGUAUCAGGCUAUCCAGCUCAUGUAGUCUCGUCAACCAUGGAAAGCUCUCAAAACAAUGAAUCUGCUUUCAGUACUGGAACUGCCAUGGAGGGUCUGGGUGGCCGUAUUUCACAUGGGUUUUUGGGAUUGGGAACAGAAAACCAAAACCAAAACCAAAACCAAAACUAUCAGAAUCAUCAGCAUCUUCAUCAUCGUGAUGAUCAGACGGCUAAGAUGAUGACGAUGAUGAUGAUGAAUAAUAACAAGGGUCAUCAUGAUCACGAUGAUCAUGACGAUGAUCAAGAACAGAUGGGAAAAAAGUCGACAUCUUCUUCAUCAGCUGGUACUGCUAAUAAUUGUAAUAAUAAUAAUAAUAAGAAGAAAGGAGUGAAGAAGGUGAAGAAGCCAAAGUAUGCUUUUCAAACGAGGAGUCAGGUUGAUAUACUCGAUGAUGGCUAUCGAUGGAGGAAGUAUGGCCAGAAAUCUGUCAAGAACAAUAGAUUUCCAAGGAGCUACUACAGGUGCACACACCAUGGAUGCAAUGUAAAGAAACAAGUUCAAAGGUUAACGAAAGACGAAGGUGUUGUAGUCACCACUUACGAAGGAAUGCACACCCAUCCUAUUGAGAAGCACACUGACAAUUUUGAACAUAUCUUGAACCAAAUGCAUAUUUACACUCCUUUCUGAUUCAAUAUAUAUAUAUAUACUAUAUGCUCUUGGAAAAAUAAUAAGCUAGCUAGCUUAAUUAUUAUUAAUUAGUACUUUAUAUACAUCAUAUAUAUGGUAAUUGUAUCAAUAUUUAUUGUAUAAUAGCUAGCUAGAGAGAGAGAUUAAUUAAUAAUUAAUUAUUAAUUAAGAUACUCUAUAUUUUAUAUUAAUUAUAAUAUAUAUAUAUAUUAAUCCCUCGUACUUAGCUUAGGAAUAUUUCGCAGGUUUGUAAUAAUAAUAUUCUUUGAUUCAGCCAAUGUUUUAUUCUUCUCCAUUGGUCA